AUGGAGCAGCUCUCAGAUGAAGAACUUGAUCAUGGUGCAGAAGAAGAUAGUGAUAAAGAAGAUCAGGACCUAGAUAAGAUGUUUGGGGCUUGGCUUGGAGAGUUGGAUAAACUCACACAGAGUUUGGAUACAGACAAGCCUAUGGAACCAGUAAAAAGAUCCCCUCUUCGCCAAGAUGCUAAUAUUGCCAAUUUCUCUUACCGCUUUUCCAUGUACAACCUAAAUGAAGCCCUGAACCAAGGUGAGACUGUAGAUCUUGAUGCUCUAAUGGCAGAUCUUUGUUCCAUAGAGCAGGAGCUCAGCAGCAUUGGAUCACAGUCCACAAACAGUACAUCAAUGAAAUGUUUUCCCGCAGAAGGGAAAAUGACUCAGAAACCGCCAGGUGGUAGCCGACUCCCUACCAUGCAUGGUAGUGUGAAAGGAUUGUCUUCUUCAUCUAGUCGAGUAACAAAGCCUUCACAUGCUAUCUUCUCUCUGGAUGAUAUUACUGCACAGUUAGAGAAAGCAUCACUGAGUAUGGAUGAAGCAGCUCAGCAACCUAUAAUUGAAGAUAGCAAGCCUGUAGUUGCUACCCAGCACAGGAGGACAGCAUCAGCUGGUACUGUAAGUGAUGCUGAAGUCCGCUCUAUCAGUAAUUCCUCCCGAUCUAGCAUCACAUCUGCAGCAUCCAGUAUGGACUCCCUGGAUAUUGACAAGAUGACAAGACCUCAAGAGUUGGAGUUGACUUCACAGGGGCAGCCCAUCAGUGAGCACUCCUAUUUGGACAGGGAAACCUCCCUCCUUCUGAGAAACAUUGCAGGAAAGCCUUCUCAUUUGCUGACCAAGGAGGAACAGGCUGCUAAGCUAAAGGCUGAAAAGAUCAGGGUUGCUUUAGAGAAGAUUAAAGAAGCACAAGUUAAAAAGCUUGUGAUAAGAGUCCACAUGUCUGAUGACAGCUCCAAGACAAUGAUGGUAGAUGAAAGACAGACAGUAAGACAAGUGCUAGACAACUUGAUGGACAAAUCACACUGUGGAUUUAGCUUAGACUGGUCCUUGGUAGAAACAAUCUCAGAAUUACAAAUGGAGAGAAUUUUUGAAGACCAUGAAAACUUAGUUGAAAACCUCCUGAACUGGACAAGAGAUAGUCAAAACAAGCUUAUGUUUGUUGAACGUAUAGAAAAAUACGCACUUUUUAAAAAUCCCCAGAAUUAUCUUCUUGGGAAAAGAGAAACCUCUGAAAUGGCAGACAGGAACAAGGAAGUAUUACUGGAGGAGUGUUUUUGUGGAAGCUCAGUAACAGUGCCAGAAAUUGAGGGAGUACUGUGGCUGAAAGAUGAUGGUAAAAAAUCUUGGAAGAAGCGUUACUUUCUUCUGCGAGCUUCUGGAAUCUACUACGUUCCAAAAGGAAAAGCAAAGGUCUCACGAGAUCUUGUGUGCUUUCUUCAAUUGGAUCAUGUUAAUGUUUACUAUGGACAAGAUUAUCGCAACAAGUACAAAGCUCCUACAGACUAUUGUCUAGUACUAAAGCAUCCCCAAAUUCAGAAGAAAUCCCAAUAUAUUAAGUAUUUAUGUUGUGAUGAUAUCAGAACCCUUCAUCAGUGGAUAAACGGCAUCCGUAUUGCUAAGUAUGGGAAGCAAUUGUAUGUGAAUUAUCAAGAAGCUCUGAAAAGGACAGAAUCAGCAUAUGACUGGACAUCUCUGUCCAGCUCCAGUAUUAAGUCAGGAUCCAGCUCAUCUAGUUUGCCAGAAUCUCAGUCCAAUCAUUCCAAUCAAUCUGACAGUGGAGUUUCAGACACUCAAACAGGACAUGUCCGUUCCCAAAGUAUUGUUAGCUCCAUCUUUUCAGAAGCUUGGAAGCGGGGAACUCAGUUGGAAGAGUCCAGCAAGAUUAGUGCUCGAAUGGACUCAAUAAACCGACCCUUCACUUCACUUGUACCACCUUUAUCUCCACAAACUAAAACAGCUGCUCCAUACACAGCAUCACAGCCAUCACCUCCCCUUCCACCACCACCGCCACCCCCACCGCCCCCGCCACCCCCACCGCCCCCACCUCCUCCCCCUCUCCCUGGUCAGUCUGUGCCAUCUGGAACUAGCCCAGCAACGGUGUUUGUGAAAUACAGCACUAUAACAAGACUGCAGAAUGCCUCUCAGCAUGGUGGGCUUCUCUACAAAUCACCUAUCACGGUGCAGCAGCCCCCAUCCCCACUCCCACCUCCAGGGAAACCUCAGAAUCUGGUACCUCCUAAUGGGGUAGUCCCUCCCCCACCACCCCCGCCCCCUCCCCCUACCCCAGGAUCAGCAAUGGCACAACUCAUGAAACCCGUGCCUUCCAACCCAUCAGUACCACAGUUCACACCACCACCGCCUCCUGCCCCCCCACUCAAAAUUCACCAGGUCCAUCAGAACAUCGUUCAGUCUGCGGCUCCACCACCGCCCCCUCCUUCCGUGCCAGCCCCUCCUCCUCCACCGGCUCCGCCUAAGCCUGCAAUGGCUCUCCCCAUGCAGAGCACUGCAAAACCCAUCUCGGCAGCCGGGACGCAUCCAGUGCUGCCGCCGCCUCCUGUCCCUUCCACCACAAAGAAGCAGCCCAGUUUCACUGCCCCCCAAAUGCCACUGUCCCCUGCCUCACUCGGCCCAUCUCCCCCGCCCACUCUGCCCAAGCAGCAGAAUCACUCUGGUAAGCUUCCUCCCUCCCCACAGUCUCCUGUGCCAUCGGUUGUGAAGCAGAUAGCCAGCCAUUUUCCUCCCCCUCCCAUGGCAGUUUCUGAGCCCCAGCCUUUAAAACCCGCCCCUCUGAGCGUACCACCCCCGUCUCCGCCAGCAGUAAAAGCCAAGCCAAAAUGGCAGCCGACCUCUGUGCCCUCCCCUGACUUUCCUCCCCCACCCCCAGAAAGCAGCCUGACGUUCCCUCCCCCGCCUUCUCCCUCUUCUUCCCCCCUGAUUGUGUCCCCAACACCAGAUAAGUCAGGAGGCUCUCCAGUCAAAAAAGCUAGUAAGACGUCCAGUCCCAGUGGAAAGAAGCCACCCCCUACCCCUCAACGCAAUUCCAGCAUAAAAUCGAAUAGCUCGGUCGAGUCCAGUGAACCUAAGAGGCCUUCGGUGGACGUCUUGGUGAGCAAAUUUGCACAUCCCCCAGAGCCCUCUGGGUCUCCUGGCAAGGAAUCCCCAACUCCACCUGCAGCUCCUCCAAAGCCUGGAAAGCUCUGCCUGCCUAUCGUUCUCCAGCAGGCAGGGAUUUCAGCAAAAGCCCCUGCCCCAGGAGCGCCAGGCAAGGGUACUGUGGAGGAAUUUCCUUCUCCUCCGUCAGACUCAGACUUUCCCCCUCCACCACCCGAAAUCGAUCUUCCUUUGCCGCCCGUAGAAAUUCCGGCUGUCUUUUCAGGCAAUACCUCACCAAAGGUUGCUGUGGUCAACCCCCAGCCACAGCCGUGGUCCAAGUCAUCUGGGAAGAAAGCUCCCCCUCCAACACGUCCCAAGCGCAACGACAGCACCCGUCUCACGCAAGCAGAAACGGUGGAGUCGCAGGUGGUUGUCAGUGCACAAGUGCCCACCUCACCCAAGUCUGGCCUCAGUGUUCAGCCUGGUUUCCUGGCUGAUUUGAAUAGGACUCUGCAGCGUAAGUCCAUCACUCGACAUAGCUCCCUCUCCUCUGCCCGGAUAUCCAGAGCUGAGCCAACGGCUACAAUGGAUGACAUGGCUUUGCCCCCACCCCCGCCCGAACUCCUCACAGACAAGCAGAAGACCAGCAACUUUGGAGGCAGUCACAUAUUAGGCUAUGCAACCUUACGGAGGGGCCCCCCUCCAGCACCUCCCAAGAGGGAUCAGAACACCAAACUGUCCAGGGACUGGUGAUGUGUAGUGGACCUCUUUGCAUUGCCAGCAAACCCUACCUGGGAUGCAUCUUGUGCUGAGGCUCCUUGUCUUAAUACCCGUGAUCCCAAGAAGUCUGCUCUAACAGUAGCUGUGGGUAGUGACUGCGUUCACUGCCAGAAACAGUCCCCAAAGUUUUGCGAUUUGUGUUCUGUGUAUUGGGGUGAAGGAUAGGAUGAUUACUACUUCAAAUGUUCAAAUACUUCAUAAGGAUUGGACCAAAAUCUUUAACACUAUCUUUUCCUGCUGUUCAGGAAAUAACUGUUGUCUGUCAGUGUGGGACAUGUUGGUGCAUGUAUUAUAAAUGUAGGUAUAUAAUAUAUUGUGAAAUAUUUUGUUGGAAUUGUAGAGGCUCACCAGAAUGUUUUUGUACAUCUGUAUUUAUUGUUUCAGUCAACUGACAUUUUUUUCAGAAAUUGGAUUGAUUAUUAGAAAAGUCCUUUGCUUUUGAAAACAAAAAUGUUGGGGCACCUUAGAUCAUCGGAACCCUCUUUGGGAAGUUGGUGACGGGUAUACAGGGCUGACAAAUUCUGUCAGUUUCUGUGCAGAAUCAAUUCAUUGAAAAAAAUUGGACACAGUCUACCAAAACAUUCUGGUUGUAAUACUACUGAAAUAUAAAUCCAUAUAUAGAAAAGUGCUGUACAGUGGGGCUGCAGUUAAAUAUCUUGGGUAUUCUGUUCUAGAAUUCUUAAGGGAAUAAGCCCCUUAAAAUAUAGUGGGACCUUCUCCUGAGUAAACAUACAUAGGAUUUGACUGUAAACCUAACAUUCUAGUCACAUGUUCUAAGGAAUAAUGUGUAAUCAAUUGAACAUAUCAAAAUGUGCAUUUGAAACAGAGCAUCACCCCGCAAACCCUCAGUGGAAUUAUUUGGAUUGGUGAUGCUCUAUUUAAAAUGCACAACAUUUAAUUAAUUUUUCUUACAUGUCUGUUUUGGUUAAGUGAAUAUGGUAUAUCAGAAGGCACUCUAGAUGUGCUGCUGUCAUGUCUGACCACAGUCUCUCUUAACUGGAUACAUGGUGCUGCUCAUCAAAUUGCCAGUACACAGGUUUACACAUAGCGGGUGCAUCUCUUUUUCUCCAGAAUAAAACUUAAUUACACAUGCAAAUAUUACCCCCACUGUCACAAACUCUUAAAAGGAAGAAUUCUUUGGGCAUUCAAGCAGUAGAUAGUCAGGAUGCUUCACCGGAUAAAAGAACAUGGCAGAUGAACACCAUGGAGGACACAGCUUAAAUCAAAGGAAGUGUCUCAACAAGCAACCAUAAAAUUGUGUUGAAGGGGCAGGGUUGAUGUGCAUUUUGGGAUAGAAACUGAACUCUUAAGUGCAUUGGUUUCAGCCGUCUCUCACUGAUUUGUUGGAUUUAAGUGAAAUAGCUCUUUGUACUAAGAUCUGUGGGUAAGUCAAAUGCUGAUUACAGAAACACUAUUUUAAUCAGAAAUAUAAUUGGAUGCAUAAAAUGAAAUAAUUACUGUGCAUCUGCUGUGCAAUACAGUGGAUUGUAAAAAUGUCUUUUUACAUUGGCAGUUGUAACUGAUGGAUCGUGAAGGCAACAUCACUGGUUUAAAAGGGGAUCUGGAGUUACUAGUUUGAGUUUGAACCCCCAAAGGUUAGCACAACCUCAUCCAAGUAUUUUAAGUAUUUGUGUGUACCAGAAGUUACUUCUGAAGAUUAGUCAUUUAAAAUAUGUACACACAGGCACUCUGUCUGAAUUAUGAAGAGAGGAUUCAUUCAGGAAGUAUUUGUCUAGAAAGAAGUAAGAAAAAGACGUAUUUUUUCCUUUGUAGAACUUGGGUCAAAAAUAAGCCAAACAACAGAAAAGUGGUGCUAUGUCAUCUAAUGCUGAAAUCAUAGCAGAUGAUUUGCUCUGCCCCAGAUGUGUCCUGUGUGUCCUGGGCAUAUUUUUUCUAUUAGAGAAUAUUUUACCUGAGCAAUAAUAAUACACCGUUUUGUGCAUUGUUAAAGCACUGCUAUUAGAAGGCACUUUUUUUGUAUCUUUCAGAGCAUUUGGAAUUAUAAAGUGUCCUUAGCUAUUAACCACAUUUGCAUUAGUAUACUUUAACACAUUAUGAUAUUUGGCUUAUGUCUUAUGGUAUGGUGUUUUAUUUUUUUCUUGAGAAUGCACCGGUGCUCUUCCUUUUCAUUCCUGUUGCUGCUGCUGGGGUCACUUGCUGGCUCUGGGAGAGAAUGUCUUGUUUUGUGGAUGCGAAGCCAAGUGAUAGAAACGGGGGAGUUGCCGUGGGGCAGAGUUUGUUCACCUCCGUCCUUUGAACCUUCCUGUUCCUUUGGAGACAGGUAGUGUUGAGGCACAGCCUGGGUUCACUGACCGUGGCAAAGUAUUGCCAAAUGCAAAAAAUGACCCGUAACUGCCUGAGACAAAAAUCCUUUUAUACUAAAUGUAUUAAAAAUCUGAGGCCAUCAGUUUAUGUGCCCCAUGGACAUCAGUAAAGAUGUUUUCUGAUACAGAAUAUGACCCAGUCAGUAGCAGCAGGAGCAAGAGGUUGCCCUUCUACAGGUCUCUGGUCUUUUAAAAAGAAUGUUAAUGUAGAACUUUCUUUCCUGGAUGCUCCCAUCUUGCAGGUAGGCUUCUACGCUUUAUUUCUCUAAUGAAGAAUGGAUCUUUUACCAACAUAAGGAAGUCUCUUUAGCUACUUUCUUUGUCCCCUUUGGCUAACCUCCUCUGGCUUAGUACAUUGCCAUUUCUGUCCUUGGGGCUCUUUCAACUCUUUCUUGAGGGCCUUUGGUGAAGUAGCUGAGAAGUAAAGAAGCAUCAUCAGUUUGAUUGGUUUUGAACCUAAUAGGUAGCCUGCAUUUUCCAUUACAGUCAUUGCCCUGAGCGUGGUAUAUCUGUAAUUUCUUUCCAAAGGUCUCCGUUCCAUUUUUUAUCAGACUGUUCAAGCAUUCUUUUUUUUUUUAAUUAGGAUGCUAAAUAGGUUUAUUGUCUAUACCUCAGGGCUGCAGUUUACUUCAAAAAUUUCCCCAAAAGGCUCUGAUUCAUGGGAUUAUGGCAUAUCUUACUAAACUUUCCAACCCAGAAGUCAAAAAUAAGGCAAGAAUAUUUAACCCAGAGAUGGUUAAAUAUCUAAAAUAUGAAGAGAAGAAUGUCCUGAGUAAUGGCUCAAUUAAUGGCUAAUUCAGCUUUUGCUGAAUAAGCAAUCUCAUUUCUAUCGGCAUUUCUUUUUAGUUCAUACACUGUUCAGUGAAAUGUGAAUUUGAACCACCCUUUGGCCUUAAAGAUUUAAUUCUUAAAGGAUGUAAAUUCUUAAAGAUGUAAAUUGAGUUAAAAAAGAAGUUAGACCCAAAAGCAAAUUUCUGAUUAUAAUUCUUUUAUUCUGCAAUCAGCUAUGUCUAAAAUACAUAGCUACUGUCCAAUAAUAAGAUGAAAUAGCUCCUCACAGUAUUUUUAAGUGACUUCUAUAUGUCCUCUAAACUUAUUAAUAAAUUAUUCUUUUGAAUGAUUCUUGAAAAUGUAUAAAAGCUAAAAAUAUUUUUAAAAUAGGGCCAAAUUGUAUCUUUAUUAAAUUUAGGAGGGUUGUUUUUACUUAUUUAGCAAGGCCAAAGGGAAUUGGUAUCAAUCCCCAUGGCUGCCCACAGUUGUGCUGAGGAUCAUGGACAGGAAAGUUGUGCAUCGCAAUUCUACUACUAUUUGCUAAUUCUGUGUAUGUGUGUACUGCAUGUGUAUGUGUGUAUGCCUCUAACAUUCCAUGAAUGGGUGAUUUGGUCCCAUGAUACAUUGCGGCUGAACUGAUUUUCAUCUAAAACUCUAGCUCUCAUUUUGUUAAACCAUAAAAAGUUUGCCAUUGUGAUUAUGGAACUUAUCAUUAGAUAGCAAACUAUUUCAACCAUUUCAGUAAUCUGCAAUCUUAUGUGAUGUACAAAAAUGUUAUUGGGUAUCUGCUCCCUCAAUGUAGGGUUCACUUAAAAAUUGGUUCUUGGACUCCCUUCCACCAACUAUAGAUACUGUAUUCGUCCCCAGCUCAUACAUUCAAAGUUCACAGAAGUUCAGCAAACGUAACAGGAAGGAGCGCCUGACGCAUAUAGUAUUUUCUUGCAGUUACAAUGACAGGGCUACUCUGCCUGGUGGAAGUCAGAAUGUGUAGAUUGGAGAGUUAAAAGAACCUCGUUAUAGACAUGCUCUCAGCAAUGAAUAGGACAGCCCCACAAUAUUGGGGGCGACCUUGUCUACCAAAGAAAAAUAGGAUAGCCUGUGGUAGUUCUCUCAAGGACUGCUUACAACUUCAUGAAUGCGGGCCACAGUACAAAAGUUUUGGAAAACAAGGUUUCUGAUCAGAAUGCGUAUUGCCUUUGUUUUAGUGUGGGGUGUAUCAUUCUAAGAUACCUAUUUGUGACUGUGCUGCAACAUACUCUCUUCCCCCAAAUCUUUGCAUUUUGCCAUCAGAAAAUGGGUGAGGUCAACACUUGUCUGCUUUUCCCUGCUUUUCCUAUUUUGUAAUUGUAAAUUUUAGGAUUGUAAAUUGUGGGAAAGAACAUUUGAUUUGUUUUGCAGCCAUUGGACGGAGUCAAUGGUGGUGAUUCUUGUAUCUGAUUAUGCACAUGUAAACCACCAAUGUUAUAGCAAUGAUUUUGUCUGUGUAGCCAGUGUGUGCUAUGUGCUGUAAAUAUAUUCAUAUGUUUACCGCUUUGCAGGAAAAAAAUUGCACAUUCUUUCUGAAUGGGACUGCCUCCCCAUAUCCUUUCCUUUCAAGAGUGAAAGCUCAUUGCAAGUAAGAACUUAUGGUUGAGAAGAGCUCUGUUCUAUAUAAAUAUUCUAUAAAUAUGUAUAAAUAUACUUUUUUAAAGCAUGGGUAAAGAAAUAAAAAUGCAUUCAUGGAAAGUACUAAGAAAUCAUUAUACAAUGGAAUAUGCACAAGUCAAUAAAGAUAUAGUUAAAUUUG